AUUUAUUUACGUUAAAAAUUGUUGGCUGAAAUUCGUUAAAAAAUGUUGGCUGAAAUUGCAUUAGGUUUAUUUUUAAUUUUUGGUGUUUAUAUUUUCGUAUCAAAAGUUGGUAAACAUGCUAUAUGCACCACAACCACAAGAAUGGAUGGGAAAACUGUAAUAAUAACAGGUGCAAAUACUGGUAUUGGGAAAGAGACAGCUCUUGAAUUAGCCAAGAGAGGAGCAAUUAUAGUAUUGGCAUGUCGUGAUUUAAAAAAGGGUAAUACUGCUGUUGUGGAUAUAAAAAAUCAAACUAAAAACGAAAACGUUUUUUUAAAAGAACUUGAUUUGUCAUCAAUGCAAUCCAUUCGUUUGUUUGCAUCUUCUUUCUUGAAGGAGUUUAGCUCUCUUCACGUUCUAAUAAAUAAUGCUGGUGUAUUUUGCCCACAACAGAAAACUAAAGAUGGAUUUGAAAUGCAUCUAGGUGUAAACCACCUCGGACAUUUUUUAUUAACAAACUUAUUAUUAAAACAUAUGAAUGCAACUAAUGAACCUUGCCGCAUUAUAAAUGUUACAUCAAAAUUGCAUGAAUUUGGAAAAAUUAAUUUCAGUGAUAUUAAUUUUGAUAAUAACUAUUCAAUAUACAAGGCAUACUCUCAAAGUAAGCUAGCAAAUAUAUUGUUUACAAUAGAAUUGAAUAAAAAGCUUUCUCAUUCUAAUAUUACAGUGUAUGCUGUGCAUCCUGGUUUAGUAUUGACCAAUAUACUUCGUCAUGAUUUCUUUACAAAUCACUUUAUUCCAAGGUGUUUUUUUAAAACUCCAAAACAAGGUGCUCAAACAUUAUUAUAUUGUGCCACUCAAAAAGGUUUGGAAACCUUUUCUGGGAGUUAUUUUGCAGAAUGUCAAAUUACCAAAUCACGUAACGCUUCUAUCUCUGAUGCAAAACUAUCAAAAAAACUCUGGGAAUACAGUGAGAAAGCCACAAAUACUUCAUUUCCAUUAUAGUUUUUUAAAAUUACUUAUUUCAACUUGUAUUUAAGAAUAUUUUUAAUGUUAAAAUUUUUUGAUGUUAAAAAGUUUUGUAAAGCAUUUAAAUGCUUUUUAUUUAUUGUUUAUUCAGUUUUAUAAAAUUUCUACUUAUUUUUUGUUGAUAUUGCUUUUCAACAAUCUUUAAGUUGUAUUUUCCUAAAUUUAUUUAAAUUCAUUUCUUUAUUUAAAAAGUUACUAUUGUUUUGAAAACAAAAAUUAUUUUAAAUAAUAUUUUGCUUUCUCUAAUAUGAUUUAUUUUUAAAAUAAUAAAUUUAUCUUUAAAAUAAAUUUGUUGAACCGAAAUACAGUUUUUUGUGCUGGUUUCAAAUCUGUAUUUUUUUAUAGUUCGAUUAUUUUGAUGAUUAGUUAAUAAUAAAUUUUAUUUUAGAAUUAAUCAUAAAUCAUUUAUGUGUGGUAAAUGUGCAGGAAUCAGUUGACACCUUUGUAUUUUUUAUAUUGCUCUUUAUGUAAUUUAUAUGUUAUGUCAUUAAAUCUAAUUACGCUUUUUCAAAAAUUAGUGAGUCGAUAUUUAAAUGUAUAUUGAAUAAAAGAUGUUUUAAAUAUUUUUUUAUAUGCUGUACCAAAUAGAUUGUGUGACUUAAAUCAAAAAGUUAUAUAGAAAAUAACAGAAAGUUAUAUA